UCCAGCCUCUAUUCACAUGUUAAUAAGCCCCUAUAAAUACCAACAACAGCCAGUCAGCGCCAGCAACACGACACACAGGGGUGGUACAAUAAACACAGGGCGCCUCGCCUGCUUUUCUCCCCUCCUGCGUCUGCCUGCAACCGGUUCUGUUCGCCAGCUGCCCCCCUUUCACGGACGACACAGAAGUGGAAGAAGCCACAGACGCGGCGUUCCGACCAACAUGGCCCCCGCUGCCCGGCCCGGUACCGCCGGACUUUGCAUGGAGGAGGACGAGUCCUGCUACGGGAUUCAGAAAGCGGACAGAAAGAUCAGGAAACCUUUGGUGGAGAAGAAGAGACGAGCUCGCAUCAACGAAAGUCUGCAGGAGCUGCGGACUCUGCUGGCGGAUACAGACCUCCAUUCCAAAAUGGAGAACGCAGAGGUUCUGGAGAUGACAGUGAAGAAGGUGGAGGAUGUUCUCAAGAACAGGUCUCUAGAAGCCGACGCACUCAGCCGGGAAGCCAGCGAGAGGUUUGCAGCCGGCUACAUCCAGUGCAUGCACGAGGUCCACAUGUUUGUGUCCAACUGUCCGGGCAUAGACGCCACGGUGGCGGCCGAGCUCCUCAACCACCUGCUGGAGUGCAUGCCACUGAACGAGGACCACCUCCAGGACGUCCUGAUGGACCUGAUUACGGACACUCCAGGGACAAACGGCAGCACUUGGCUCGGCGCCGCUGAGGGGCCCUGCCCGACCCCGGCCCUUUCCAACUCGUCCAACGAUGAAUUGAGCUCGGACCUGGACGAGACGGACAGCGAGCACAACCAGAGCUCGACGGAGGGAGCGGAGAGAGGGGAGGCCCUGAGCAUGCCCACUGUUACAUACCCUCAGAGUAUGUGGAGGCCUUGGUAGGAAAGGUCUGUAGCUGCAGCUGGGAUCUGCUGGAAACAGGAAUUGUGGGAUUUUAUUAAUGUGAAGCGCCACUGCGCCUCCUUCAGAAAGAGAAAACUCCACCCUACAACACAUGAGCACCAUUUGCUGCUGAAGCCUUUCUGGACUUAUUUAACCAAUUCAAGAACUGCCAACUGACAUGCACUGAAAGUCUUAAGAUGAUCGCCCCGCUCUGAUUUCCAUUUCUAUUAACGGGACCAAACCUGGCUUCUGUGGACCUGGAUCUAUUCGCUCUUAUUGAGGUGCAGCUACUGUACAUCCAUUCUUCUGCAUUCUGGGAAGUGUAGAAGUUUACUAAAUAAAUUACAAGGUUAAGCAGAGGGAGCAACAUUUGACCCAUAAACACACGUAUAGUUCUUUUGGAAAUCACAAAAAAAAAAAAACAAAGAACCUAAUAAGUGCACUAAAGGGUGGAGUUUUUCCUUUUUCUUAUCAGCAGGGCCCCAAUUCUUGUGGGCCACUGCAGCUUGGGACCUCCUGAAAGGACUCUCCCCCUUCCUUCCUCAAUCCUGACACCCUGGCUUUGAGUACUCUCUUAAGACUUCUCUUCACACCUGGAGGAUAAAAGAACGUCCCCUCUCAACACUUAGAACCCAACAAAGGACAGAAAAGGACCAGUUGAAGGCGGUCACACUUAUUCUGUGUGUAACUGUGUACAUGGAGUUUGGAUGAGGAGAAAAGCUCUUUUUAGCACCUGAGAGGUUUGGCAAUGCCUCUGAUUAAUAUAAAUAAUGGUAUUUCGUGUAUUGCUGUAGCUUAUGAGACACAUAGCCUCUUUACGUUGUAACAAUGUUUAAUUAAAUGUCUGAAUUUGCUGAAUAAAAUAAUGUAGCUGAAAUACUUUUGGCUGAUGUAGUGUGAAACUGAACCAAUGCACAAAAUAUGUGUGGCAAUUCUAAGAACUUUUCAGAUUUUGUCACAUAAGAAAGACAGAAUUUGGUGUGUUUUAUUUGGAUUAAGUCAACACAAACUAGUUCACUGUUGGGAAAAUUAGCUUGAAGGAUAGGUCUUAAAACGUUUCAAAAUAAAAAUCUGAAACAUG